AUGGAGUGUCUUCGACGAGUCUUUCGAGUGCUGUCCUUGAGCCAUGAUUAUCCAGAUCCGGUAAAGUUGAACCAUGAGCUUCCCAGGCUGAAUGCCCUCGAGUUCUCGCUGCUGGAGAAACUCCCUUCCGAGCUGGUGGUACAGAUCAUCAGCUAUCUACCUCCUGAGUCGGCAUCCAUGUUCGCUAUAAGCUGCCGUCCUUUCUACUACAUGCCGAGGAAGCAGGUUCUGGAGCCAUUGCAGUAUGGAAAUGGCAUCACCAUGGUUGUCGACCACCAGCGCAUGAUUAUCGAGAUCAGCAGCAUCAAAGGCGCGACACCAGCCGCGAGAAUCCAUGGGACGACCUUGAGUUUGCUUUUAAAGGACUUCCCAUUUAGCACUGUAUGCCAUCUAUGUGGCAAGCUUCAUUCAUUGGCCUCCCCUGAGCCCAUCUGCCCUUCACCACAAUACCCAAGACCUUGGCGGCAAUGUUUAGUACUCGAUGAAAUUCGCAAAGUCUAG